CUUUGAGUAACAUCGUAACCUUACGACGCGCGAGUAAUACAGGUUGUUGCAUGUUAUUAAUAAUAUACCGGGGUUUUUGAAAUAAUAGAUAUUUCAUCACUGCCUAUUUAUUGUAUAGAUUAGUGUCAGUGAUAAUCGUGUUAGUGCUAGUUGUUUGCUUGUGCCGGUUUGUUGUUGUAUCUUCAUUAAGAAAAAGUUAAACUGACAAUGGGAAACGUUCAUACUUGUGGUCCAAACGAAGCUCUCGUUGUAUCAGGAGGAUGUUGCGGGUCCAUGAAGAAGAGGACCAUCGUAGGUGGUUAUGCGUUCACGUGGUGGUUCGUAACCGACGUCCAACGAUUAUCUCUCGAGGUGAUGACACUGAAUCCUGUCUGUGAAAGCGUGGAAACCGCACAGGGAGUACCAUUGACCGUCACAGGAGUAGCACAGUGCAAGAUCAUGAAGGCUGAUGAACUCCUCCACACUGCCAGCGAACAAUUUUUAGGAAAAAGCGUUUACGAAAUCAAAUCGACAAUUCUUUCUACCCUCGAGGGUCAUCUUCGUGCGAUAUUAGGCACAUUAUCGGUAGAGGAGGUGUACAAAGAUCGGGAUCAAUUCGCGACACUGGUGAGAGAGGUAGCGGCGCCAGAUGUUGGUCGCAUGGGAAUCGAAAUUUUAUCGUUCACGAUAAAAGACGUAUACGACGACGUUCAAUACUUGGCGUCACUUGGCAAGGCACAAACUGCGGCUGUCAAACGGGAUGCCGAUGUCGGCGUCGCCGAGGCGAAUCGUGAUGCUGGCAUUCGAGAGGCAGAAUGUGAGAAAGCAGCGAUGGAUAUAAAAUAUAAUACCGACACAAAGAUCGAAGACAAUGCCAGACUCUUUCAACUGCAGAAAGCGAAUUUCGAUCAGGAAGUGAAUACGGCGAAAGCAGAGGCACAACUAGCUUACGAACUUCAAGCGGCAAAAAUAAGGCAACGAAUACGAAACGAGGAGAUUCAAAUAGAGGUGGUGGAAAGGCGUAAACAGAUCGAAGUUGAGGAACAAGAGGUACGUCGAAAGGAACAUGAGCUUCAAAGCACUGUGAGAUUACCCGCGGAGGCUGAACAUUAUAAAAUUGGCAAAGUAGCCGAAGGAAAGAGAACACAGACCGUGAACGCGGCUAUAGCUGAAGCUGAGAGGAUUCGAUUGAUUGGAACAGCCGAGGCUCAAGCAUUAGAAGCGAUUGGAGUAUCAGAAGCUCAACGUAUGCAGAUGAAAGCCGCUGUCUACAAGAAGUACGGCGGAGCUGCUAUUCUGAAUAUUGCACUCAAUGCUUUGCCAAAGAUUGCAGCAGAAGUAGCCGCACCACUAGCGAGAACAGAGGAAAUCGUUCUUCUUGGUGGAAAUGACGCGACUAGCGGAGAAAUUACACGCCUUGUGGGGCAAGUACCUCCAGCUGUUCAAGCACUGACCGGUGUAGAUAUUUCAAAAGUGUUAGGCAAGAUACCAGGAGCAAAGUAAUGGCGGAAAAAGCAGCAACGGCGACCAGACGAUCGAAUACUCGGAAUCGGCUGAAGAAAAGAAUAAACACUAUACUGCCAAAGAUUUCUCUGCUAUUCUAUCAUCUACCAGUGACACUUCACUUUGUUCUCUUUCCCGAAUUACUCUACCUCAAAC